AUGUCCUCUCGUCCUAUCAUCGUUAUCGCUGGUGUCGGGAACGGUUCAGGUACCCGUGUGUUUUCAAAGGCCGGAUAUCGCGUAGCGCUCAUCGCCCGCGGCCCGGACAGGCUCCAGAAGGCCACCGACUCCGUCAACCAGGCCGGCGGCGAGGCCGUCGCGUUCCCCGUCGAGUCGUACAGCUACAAGGCGAUCACGGACGUCUUCGCCACCAUCCGUGCACACCAGUGGAAGGAUGCGUCCGGGGCCCCGCCGGAGAUCCGGGCCGCACUCUGGAACGCGGGCGCGGGUGUGUGGAAGCCCUUCCUCCAGGUGACCGAGGAGGAUCUCGCGGCGACGGUGGAGACGAACAUCACUGGAGCGUUUGCGUUUGCGCACCAGGUUAUCGAGGCGUUCAAGAAGAACGAGGUCGAUGAGCUCGGGAAGCGCGGCACACUCAUCUUCACGGGUGCGACGGCAAGCAUCCGUGGAAAUGUAACGACCAGCGGGUUCGCCACGGGCAAGUUCGCCCUUCGUGCGCUCAGCCAGAGCCUGAACAAGGAAUUUGGGAAAGAGAACAUCCAUGUCGCGCACUCCAUCAUCGACGGAGGGAUCCUGACUGACCUGUCGCUCUCGCGCCGCACCGACCCCGCGGCCCACAAGGCAUACAAGGAGGACGCGAACACCCGCCUCGACCCUGAGAGCAUCGGCAAGAGCUACCUCUACCUCGCCAACCAGGACAGGUCGGCGUGGACGUGGGAGCUCGAUCUCCGCCCCGCCCACGAGAAGUGGUGAAGACGGAAAUGACGAUAACGUUGCGUGUACCAGUACUUAGGACGACAUGCUGUGUCGGUGUAUGAGUGAAUGUAUCGGAUAUCUGGGCC